AGAUGCUCCUUCACCUCACUCACCUGCCUUGUUUUUCCCACAGGCUGCGAGAACAUCACCGCGCUGCAAUUAAAGUGAUUCGAAGAAUGCAGUAUUUUGUGGCGAAGAAAAAGUUUCAGCAAGCUAGAAAGCCGUACGAUGUCCGAGAUGUUAUUGAGCAGUAUUCCCAGGGUCAUCUCAACCUGAUGGUGCGAAUCAAGGAGUUACAGAGGAGGUUGGAUCAAUCCAUAGGGAAGCCAUCUCUUUUCAUCUCUGUCUCAGAAAAAAGCAAAGAUCGAGGGAGUAACACGAUUGGUGCCAGGCUGAACAGAGUGGAGGACAAGGUAAGCCUGAGGCUGACAGUGAACAAGCAUAUGGUCUGUGAUUGAACAGAGCUUUUUUCAUAGGAUGAGGGGAAAAGCUCAGCUUAAAAU